GAAAAAUAUAUCGAUCUGCCGACCACUACAACCCCCCACAGUCCACAGGUCUUAUUGGGCCUCAUCUCUGUCUCUCGCUCUCUCUAACCCAGCGGCAAAAUCUCCUAAAGAAAAACCCCUAAACCCUAACGGAGAAUUGAACCGCAUAAUUGGCUGUGCAGUUGCUAAUGGCUAGUGGAGGAUCGGAUGUGGAUGCUCUGAACCAAGCCCUAACCUCCGCCCAUAUUUUCGAAGGGAAGCAGCGGCAGCAGCUGCUGCAACAACCUGAUCUUAACCAUAAGGGCGUUGACGCGGAGGAGGAAAACGGUGCUGGCUUAGAGAUCACUUGCUUCAGUGACGUCUUCAAUGACGUCCCUCUUCAUUUUCAAAUUCUCCGACUUCCCAAACAGAUAUAUGUGUGGAUCGGUUGCAGCUCUGCCAAAUUAGGAAACUUAUACGCAGCUGCGCCUACACGUCCUCUUCCUACCGAUGAACAUAUUGAGCAUGAUGCACAUUUUAUGCUCAUAAAUUAUAAUCAUCGUAACUUAACGUUGUGUUUCGCUAUUUGGCGACUUAAACAGAAGGAUACGGUUAGUGUUACUUCCAUACUUGGAGGAACUUCUGAUAAUACAGGAACAGGAAUUGCUCGACGAUUAGUGUUGAAGACUGGUCUUAAUGUAAUCCUGGCUUCCAAUAUUCCAAAGAAUAGUCCUAUGCUUGAGGCAGAAGCUGAGAAGCUGUUGGUACAAAAGCUAAUCCACCUGGGUUACACGAGACAGAAAGCAGAACAAUCGUCCUCAUAGCAAGGGGUCGCAAACCUGCUUGACAUGAAACAUGCAUUCCAUGGUUAUAGCAAUUCAGUUGGCCUGAUCAUCCACACUAUAGUCCAAAAAAUCAACAGCCAAGAGUAUUAAGAGAUGGAGCGUUCUCUUUCAUUCUCUCUUGGAUUCUUAUUUAUGGCUUCAAAUGCUAUGUAAAAUUUAUUGGAGUUAAUGGUCCGCGGGACAUUGAAGCAUUCCCUUGGUGAGGACAACGAAAGAAUAUUUUUACAGUUCAGGUUCAAUAUAUAAAUGCGAUGGAAAAUAUGGAAAAACUCUA